AGCAAAAAAAAACCUGGUUUUAUUCUUCUUCUUUCACCCAUCAGCCAAUUUGAUCUGAGAAUUGUUUGAUUCUUACUCUUCUCUAUUUAGGGUUUAUCGAUUGUUUCCUAUGGCAAUUCCUGGCAUGGAGUUAGAUAACUUCAGGGUAGGUCUUACUCCGACAGUAUUCUACAUUCCCGGUUUCAUAACUGACGAAGAGCAAACCCAGCUCCUAAAUCAUAUAUAUGGAGCCUCUGGUUCCAAGUGGAAGACAUUAAAGAACAGACGAUUACAGAACUGGGGUGGUAUGGUCCAUGAAAAGGGUCUUGUUCCACAAGAAUUGCCUUCCUGGCUGACAAAGGUUACAACGAAAAUUCAUGGAAGCUCGGGUCUCUUCCCUUCUGCUAUAAACCAUGUCCUCAUCAAUGAAUACCAUCCUGACCAAGGGAUAAUGCCGCACCAGGAUGGACCUGCUUAUUUCCCUGUUGUAGCUAUACUGUCUCUUGGCUCACCUGUCGUUAUGGACUUCACUCCACAUUUGAGAUUAAGGUCAGGUGAUGAUUACAUUUCCAAAGACCAAAGUCUUGGUGCAGAGGGUUGUGUGCCUGAGAGAGACUCAUUCUCUGUCUUGAUGAGGCCUCGAAGCUUACUCAUCUUCAAAGAUGACGCAUAUUCAGAUUUCCUCCAUGGUAUCAGCGAUAGUCCAACACAUUGCUACAACCAGGUCGUUAACGAAGCUGAAGCUUUGGCUUACUCGAUUGAAGAUUCAAGAAAAGACGGUGACAAGAUUCUUCACAGAGACCAAACUCGAGUUUCACUUACUUGCCGUUUAGUGCCCAAAGUCCAUAAAAAUCUCUUCAGGCUUUAGAUGUAACACAUGUAGCUUCUUGCUUCCCUGAUGACACUGGUUUUGUCUUGUCGUUUAUGAAUGUAGAAAACGGUACGAUUUGUGUGACGUGGGAAUAUAAAAACGGCACGAUUUGUGGAUGUGUGAACUUGAGGACAAAGGAGUUGCAGUGGAUAGGAUUAAAUAUGAGCCCUUCAUAUUAUUUA